AUGGCCCAGCGUUAUGCCGUGAGUAGUAAUGUAGUCAAAGAGGAAGCGAGGCGAGCUUUUUGGAUGGUCGAGAUGUUGGAUGCAAUUUCCACCCUGGGACUUCCGUAUUCCAUGCCGUACUCACCAUCGCCCCUGGGUGCUAGCCUACCCUGCCUCGAGUCUCAAUGGUCGACGACACCGACAGUGAUAGAGCGUUCUGAUUCAGAACCGCGGUAUGCAUCGGGAUUUACCCUUUGCAUCAUCCUUUCAGUGGAGGAGCUCAAGGUUGUCCGCGAGUUUCUGGGGAGAUCCUAUGAGUUGGACAAGCUGGAUCAGAGGCUUGACUGGCAGUCCGAAGCACAACGAUUAGACGAGAGGCUCACAAACUGGCGCGAAGAAUUCGUUGCUGCUGUGUUUCAGCUAAUCAACUAUGAGAAAGAGCACUUGCCUCGAGGAGAAAUGGAGUCUUUCUUUACGCUCACCAACUGUAUCCUCAAUGAGGCAAUCAUUGUCUUGCUUCAGCAGAUGGCGCCCAUGCCGAAAGGGAUAGAGACAACCUUUGAACAUUGGGCAUUUGCCACAACUAGAUGCACCUACGCCUGUGAAAAUAUGACGGCCAAGGUGCGCCGCAUAGGAGCCGAUCAGCUUGAACGCGAGCCGCCCUAUCUUAUUUCACCACUGUUCGUAGCGGCACGCUUCUACAUAGUAUACUCUAAAGCACUCGAUGCAGAUGUUCCCGCAAACCUUCAUACUCUGGCCUUCAUUCUCCAUGCGUGCGGCAAGCGCUGGCCUCUAGCACAGCUUUAUGAAACCAUUAUCAGGACUGCUGUAGCUGAACACCGAAGCCCUAUAUCUGAAUGCGUAUUACCCGUAGAGUUCUACGACUUCCGUUAUACUACCUUGGAGAUCACAGAGUUGCUUCAAAGUGCUGGGACGAAGUUGACGUAG